UUGUCGAGAUGCGGUAUCACUACCACCGGUUCGAUAGUCCGAUAAGUUGGGACAAAAAACACCUCCUGUAAUAGCGGUUAUUUGGGUCAACUUAAACAAUGUUUUUGCAUAACACGAAGCUCUGCAGACUCGCAGGCAGCCUAGCGGGCGGCGUUCGCCACCUAAGCGGCCAGAAGCCAAAGACCGCAAUCCUAAUGCUCAACAUGGGCGGACCGACGCACACGGACCAGGUGCACGACUACCUGCUCCGCAUCAUGACCGACCGGGACAUGAUCCAGCUGCCGGUGCAGAGCCGCCUGGGUCCGUGGAUUGCCCAGCGCAGGACGCCAGAGGUGCAGAAGAAGUACAAGGAGAUCGGCGGGGGCUCCCCGAUCCUGAAGUGGACCGAGCUGCAGGGCCAGCUCAUGUGCGAGCAGCUGGACAGGAUUUCCCCGGAGACGGGUCCCCACAAGCACUACGUGGGCUUCCGCUACGUCAAUCCGCUCACAGAGAACACGCUGGCCGAGAUCGAAAACGACAAACCAGAGCGCAUUGUCCUCUUCUCGCAGUAUCCACAGUACAGCUGCGCAACCUCCGGAUCCAGCUUCAACUCCAUAUUCACUCACUACCGCAGCAAUAACCUGCCCUCGGACGUCAAGUGGAGCAUCAUCGACCGGUGGGGCACCCAUCCUCUCCUUAUCAAGACUUUUGCCCAGCGAAUUCGCGAUGAACUGGCCAAGUUCGUGGAGACAAAGCGUAACGAUGUGGUCAUCCUCUUUACCGCCCACUCCCUCCCUCUGAAGGCUGUGAGCCGGGGCGAUGCGUAUCCCUCGGAGAUCGGGGCUAGCGUGCACAUGGUGAUGCAGGAACUGGGCCAGACGAAUCCCUACAGUCUGGCCUGGCAAUCCAAGGUGGGCCCGCUGCCCUGGCUGGCCCCUGCAACCGACGAUGCCAUCAAGGGCUAUGUCAAGCAAGGCCUCAAGAACUUCAUCCUGGUACCCAUUGCCUUUGUGAACGAGCAUAUCGAGACGCUGCACGAGCUGGACAUCGAGUACUGCGACGAACUGGCCAAGGAGGUGGGCGUGGAAGAGAUCAGGCGGGCGGCGGCCCCCAACGACCACCCGCUGUUCAUCGACGCCCUGAGCAACAUUGUGGCAGACCACCUGAAGUCACAGCAGUCGGUCAAUCCCAAAUUCCUCAUGCGCUGCCCCAUGUGCUCCAAUCCAAAGUGCAGGGAGAGCAAAAGCUGGUACCGACAGCUCUGCUCAAACUAGGCAACCGAGGCGAUUCGCGGGAUUGGGAUGCGCUGCGUGACAGGCAUUCCAAGUGCUCCAGCUGGGGCGAACAUUUGUGCAUUCAUUUGGGUUUCUGGGGGAUUGGUUUUCACAUAUUUCAUUACUGGCGCUUUAAUAAAAGACACUGUUGAACAGUAAAAA